AUGUCAUUCAAAGGGAUUAUCGGUGGUACUUAUAAACUUUUGGAUAAUUAUGAGAUUCCGCUUAUUGGGCUUGGAACUUAUGCAUUAUGGAAUCAAGAAGAGGUAGAUCGAGCUGUUGAUGCAGCUCUAGCAGCUGGAUAUCGUUUAUUUGAUACUGCUAAUUUUUACAAUAAUGAAAAAGAAUUGGGAAUUGCUUUUAAGGUUUUUGAAUGUUUAAUGAUAGAUAAUAAGAAAUUUAUAACAAAAAAUUUGGCGCUGGUAUAG